AUGUCAUUUGCCGGCGUCUCGCUCGUCGGCGACGGCAAGGCCGUCGGCCAUGCCAUCGACGUCUCCACGACCAGCGGCUACCACCUGCUCGUGGUUAAUCGGUACUCGCACACCAAAGCCACUACACCUAAUGGCAAGACGAUCUUCUCUCUCCCUUUCAUGAUAGGAGGCCAUCGUUGGCGCAUCUGCUACUACCCUAAUGGCAAACACUCGGAGCAUGCCGACUCUAUAUCUCUUUUUCUUUUUCUCGAUGGAAAUAUUGCUGAGGCAGUAACGGUGAUGUACGACUUUAGUUUUGUCGACCAGCUUGAGAAGCAAAAUUCGGCAUAUAUUCGUUCGGUAGAGCCAAACAAUUUCUCCACUACAAUUCCAUAUUGGGGUUACAAGAGUUUCAUGAAAAGAGACGCCCUUGAGAAAUCAAAGCAUCUAAAGGACGACUGCUUCACCAUCCGAUGUGACAUCACCAUUGCUGGUACCAUUGAUCUCUUCAUCAAGGUACCGCCUUGUAGCAUACAACAACAUAUCAGCGACUUCCUCCUGUUCAAAGAGGGCACUGAUGUGGCAUUCAGGGUGAGUGGUGAGAUGUUCGCUGCCCACCGAUGCGUGCUUGCAGCUCGGUCUGCAGUCUUCAAGGCAGAGUUGUUUGGCCCCAUGAAAGAGAGCACAACAGGAAGUGUCAUGGAUGUAGAAGACAUGGAAGCAAAGGUGUUUAAGGCCUUGCUUGAUUUUAUUUACACCGACUCACUGCCCAAGAUGGAGAUAGACAUGGGGGAUGAGGAAGGAGAAGCCCAGGAAGCAUUGUGGCUGCAACACUUGCUUGCAGCAGCGGAUAAAUAUGAUCUCCAAAGGCUCAAAGGACUAUGUGAAGAGAAGCUGUGUGAACACAUAGAUGUGAGCUCGGUGACGACUAUUCUUACUCUAGCCGAGCAGCAUAAUUGUCAUGGGUUGAAGGGGGUUUGCUUUGAAUUCAUCAAGACUCCCGCCAAUUUGAAGGAGAUAACCGCGGCUGACGGCUUGGAGGAUAUAACUAAAACCUGUCCUUCCCUUCUAAAGGAGCUCAUUGCUAAGUUCGCUUCUUAA